CACAAACAGUUUUAUUAUUUACAUUUGUAUGCAACAAAGAGAGAGAGAGAGAGGAAGGCAACGGGAAACAGAGAGAUAGCACUGUAUUUCCUCUUCCGUUUCUCUCCCUUUUUAUUCAUAUACAUACAAAUUUCAUAGCUUUUUCUUCUUUCUUUAGAUUCUACAUGUUAAUGGGCUUAUAGGCUGUUGCUUACUCAGCAUCUAAUCCAAAGACUAUUCAUUUUUAUUUUGGAAUGCUGGUGUAGAAGUGGUGCUCCCUCUGUGUAUCAGAAAAAAGAUUUGGUUUUGAAAAAACAAGAGGGCUGGCCAGUCAUCCACCAUCUUCUGGUUGAUCAGAGGACAAAAACCCAGAUGGUGAGAUGCUCUUCUUCACACGAUUUGAUCUCUCUUCUUACUUAAUUCAUCAAUGUUAUCAACAAAGCCACCGCCUUAGCUUGUUUCUCAGGUCUCUCCUCGAAAAACUCACCCUUUUCAAUAAUGGGCUUCGCUCUUUUGCUCAAUAGCAUUACAGCUUCUUCUUCUUCAUCAUCAUCUGCUGGACAACAACCACAUUUCUCCCUUCAGAGAUAUAUUCAUGGUUUGCCCAUUUUGGAACUAUCCUCCAUUUGCAUCAAUUUGACACUUUUCCUGGCUUUUCUUUUCAUAAUAUCUGCAAGGCAAAUAUUUGUAUGUGUUGGUCGAGUUCGAAUUCUUAAAGAUGAUUCUGUCGUGAAUUCAAGCCCAAUUAGGAGAAGCAUUAGUGUUGAUGGAGAAGUUCAGGAUGUUAUAGUCGGUACUGGGUUUAAAUUGUCUGUAUUUUGUUGUUUCUUUGUGCUGCUUGUGCAAGUUGUGGUGCUGGGAUUUGAUGGAUUUUGUUUGAUAAGAGAGGCUGUUGAUGGGAAGGAUGUGGAUUGGUCUGUUAUUGCCUUGCCUGCUGCUCAAGGUUUAGCUUGGUUUGUAUUGAGUUUUUCAGCUCUCCAUUGUAAAUGCAAGGUGUCUGAGAAAUUCCCAUUGUUGUUGAGGGUAUGGUGGUUUAUUUCUUUUCUGAUUUGCUUGUGUACAUUGUAUGUUGAUGGGAAAUCAUUCUUAGUAGAUGGUUCAAAUCACUUGUCUUCUCAUGUUGUGGCCAAUUUUGCUGUAACCCCAGCUCUUGCAUUUCUUUGCUUUGUUGCAAUUAGGGGCGUAACUGGUAUAGAAGUCUGUAGAAACUCUGACCUUCAGGAGCCAUUGCUUCAUGAAGAAGAGGCAGGUUGUCUUAAGGUUACCCCUUAUAGUGAUGCUGGGCUCUUUAGUUUGGCCACCCUUUCUUGGCUAAAUCCACUUCUUUCAAUUGGUGCAAAGAGACCGCUUGAGCUUAAGGACAUUCCCCUUCUAGCACAACAAGAUCGACCCAAGACUAAUUAUAAGGUUUUGAAUUCAAAUUGGGAAAAAUUGAAGGCUGAAAACCUAUCAAAGCAACCUUCUUUGGCUUGGGCAAUUUUGAAGUCAUUUUGGAAGGAAGCUGCUAGUAAUGCAGUAUUUGCUUUGUUGAACACUCUUGUUUCCUAUGUGGGCCCAUACAUGAUUAGCUACUUUGUUGAUUUUUUGGGAGGGCAGGAGACUUUCCCUCAUGAAGGCUAUGUUCUUGCUGGAAUAUUUUUUGUAUCCAAGCUCAUAGAGACAUUGACAACCCGUCAGUGGUAUCUCGGGGUUGACAUUUUGGGUAUGCAUGUGAGAUCAGCUCUAACGGCAAUGGUGUAUCGGAAGGGCCUGAAGCUCUCAAGCUUAGCUAAACAAAGUCACACCAGUGGAGAAAUUGUUAAUUACAUGGCAGUUGAUGUUCAAAGAGUGGGAGAUUAUUCUUGGUAUCUCCAUGACAUUUGGAUGCUUCCUUUGCAAAUAAUUCUUGCUCUUGCAAUAUUAUAUAAAAAUGUUGGAAUUGCUUCCAUUGCCACAUUAAUUGCAACCAUUAUAUCCAUCAUUGUUACUGUUCCUUUGGCAAAGGUCCAAGAAGAUUAUCAAGACAAGUUAAUGGCUGCCAAAGAUGAAAGAAUGAGGAAGACUUCUGAGUGUCUAAGGAACAUGAGGAUUCUAAAGUUACAAGCUUGGGAGGACAGGUAUCGAGUGAAACUGGAGGAGAUGAGGGGUGUAGAAUUCAAGUGGCUACGGAAAGCCCUCUAUUCUCAGGCCUUUGUUACAUUCAUUUUCUGGAGCUCCCCCAUAUUUGUUGCAGCUGUUACAUUUGCAACGUCUAUAUUAUUGGGGGAUCAACUCACAGCGGGUGGUGUGCUUUCUGCACUAGCCACUUUCAGAAUCCUUCAAGAACCACUCAGGAAUUUUCCUGACCUGGUGUCUAUGAUGGCGCAGACAAAGGUUUCUCUUGAUCGAAUUUCUGGAUUCCUACAGGAGGAAGAACUGCAGGAAGAUGCCACCAUUGUUCUGCCCCAAGGCAUGUCAAAGGUGGCUAUAGAGAUUAAGGAUGGUGAGUUUUGCUGGGACCCCUCUUCUUCAAGGCCCACCUUAUCCAGAAUACAAAUGAAAGUAGAAAGGGGAAUGCGUGUGGCAGUUUGUGGCAUGGUUGGCUCUGGAAAAUCAAGCUUUCUCUCUUGCAUCCUUGGGGAGAUUCCUAAAAUCUCUGGUGAAGUUCGAGUGUGCGGUACUGCUGCCUAUGUCUCUCAGUCGGCUUGGAUACAGUCUGGCAAUAUUGAAGAGAACAUUCUUUUUGGUAGUCCAAUGGAUAAAGCAAAAUACAAGAAUGUUAUCCAUGCUUGUUCCCUGAAGAAGGAUUUUGAACUCUUUUCACAUAGGGAUCAGACCAUAAUUGGAGAUAGAGGUAUAAAUCUGAGUGGCGGACAGAAACAACGUGUGCAACUUGCAAGGGCACUUUAUCAAGAUGCUGAUAUUUAUUUGCUUGAUGACCCCUUCAGUGCUGUUGAUGCACACACUAGCUCAGAACUGUUCAAGGAAUACAUAAUGACAGCACUUGGGAGUAAAACUGUUGUUUUUGUGACCCAUCAAGUUGAAUUUCUACCUACUGCUGAUUUGAUACUGGUUCUUAAGGAAGGCCGCAUUAUACAGGCAGGAAAAUAUGAUGAACUUUUACAAGCAGGCACCGACUUCAAAACUCUUGUCUCAGCUCACCAUGAAGCAAUUGAAGCAAUGGAUAUUCCAAGUCACUCAUCAGAAGACUCAGAUGAAAAUUUGCUUCUUGAUGGGCCAACCAUGCUAAAUAAAAAAUGUGAUUCGACUGGAAAUAAUAUUGACAGUUUGGCAAAGGAAGUGCAAGAUGGUGCAUCAGCUUCAGACCAGAAAGGAAUUAAAGAGAAAAAGAAAACAAAGCGGAGGAAAAAGCAGCUUGUUCAAGAAGAGGAAAGGGUAAAAGGAAGAGUCAGCAUGAAGUUCCUUCAAAUAGCUAGUAAUUGGUGGAUGGCAUGGGCAAACCCCCAGACUGAAGGAGACCAAGCUAAAGUCAGUCCUUUGGUCCUUCUUGUUGUUUAUAUGGCCCUUGCUUUUGGGAGCUCUUGGUUUAUAUUUGUCAGGGCUGUUCUGGUUGCCACAUUUGGUCUAGCAGCCGCACAAAAAUUGUUUCUCAAUAUGCUUAGAAGUGUGUUUCGAGCACCGAUGUCUUUUUUUGAUUCAACUCCUGCCGGACGGAUCUUGAAUCGUGUGUCUAUCGAUCAAAGUGUUGUGGAUCUUGAUAUUCCUUUUAGACUUGGUGGGUUUGCUUCAACAACAAUACAGCUUCUUGGGAUUGUUGGUGUGAUGACAAAAGUUACUUGGCAAGUUCUGCUUCUUGUUGUCCCAAUGGCUGUUGCUUGCUUGUGGAUGCAGAAAUACUACAUGGCUUCAUCGAGGGAACUGGUCCGCAUUGUUAGCAUCCAGAAAUCUCCAAUUAUUCAUCUUUUUGGUGAAUCAAUUGCUGGAGCAGCCACGAUAAGAGGUUUUGGGCAAGAGAAAAGGUUCAUGAAGAGAAACCUUUAUCUUCUCGAUUGUUUUGGUCGUCCAUUCUUUUGCAGUCUUGCAGCCAUUGAAUGGCUCUGCCUGCGCAUGGAAUUACUUUCAACCUUUGUAUUUGCUUUUUGCAUGAUUUUGCUCGUGAGUUUUCGACAUGGAAGUAUUGAUCCAAGUAUGGCAGGCCUUGCUGUGACAUAUGGCCUUAACUUAAAUUCACGUCUAUCGCGGUGGAUACUUAGCUUUUGCAAGCUCGAGAAUAAAAUUAUUUCCAUAGAGAGGAUUUAUCAGUACAGCCAAAUUCCAAGUGAAGCUCUUCCGGUUAUUGAAAACUCCCGCCCUCCAUCCUCAUGGCCUGAAAGUGGAACAGUUGAAUUGCUCGAUUUAAAGGUUCGUUAUGGGGAAAAUCUUCCUGUGGUGCUUCAUGGGGUGACCUGUGCAUUUCCCGGUGGCAAAAAGAUUGGAAUUGUUGGGCGUACUGGAAGUGGCAAAUCUACUUUGAUCCAAGCAUUAUUCCGAUUGAUUGAGCCAGCCGGUGGGAGAAUCAUUAUAGACAAGAUCGACAUUUCAACAAUUGGGCUCCAUGACCUUCGUAGCCGUCUUAGUAUCAUACCCCAGGAUCCUACAUUAUUUGAAGGAACUAUUAGAGGCAAUCUUGAUCCUCUUGAAGAGCAUUCAGAUCAUGAAAUUUGGGAGGCACUUGAUAAAUCUCAGCUUGGAGAUAUUGUUCGUGAGAAAGACCAAAAGCUUGAUACACCAGUUUUAGAAAAUGGAGAUAACUGGAGUGUGGGGCAGCGGCAACUUGUUUCCCUGGGCCGGGCUUUACUCAAACAGGCAAGAAUACUUGUCCUAGAUGAAGCAACCGCAUCAGUUGAUACUGCCACUGACAAUCUCAUACAGAAGAUCAUCCGAACAGAGUUCAAGAACUGCACAGUUUGCACUAUUGCACAUCGUAUUCCGACUGUAAUUGACAGCGAUCUUGUUUUGGUACUAAGUGAUGGUCGAGUUGCAGAGUUUGAUACUCCGGCACAUCUCCUAGAGGAUAAAUCAUCCAUGUUUCUAAAGUUGGUAACCGAGUAUUCAUCAAGAUCAAGUGGCAUACCAGAUUUUUGAAACAGAUUGCAUGCCCAAAAUGGGCAUUCUUACACUCAGAGGCACGGGGAACUGAGGGACCAUCCAGGAGUGAACCAGCUGCCGCUGCUUCUUUUUUUGCAGCGCUUGGCAAACUCAAUGACAAAUGGCAAGGAGAGAUGUGCACAUCAAGCCAUUAAACCAAAACCUCAAGUAAAAUAGUUUCUUCAAGGUAAUUUCAAGUUAAUUCAUCCCCUUAAGUGGAUUUGUGGAAUUCCUGCAUGGUUAUCAACCUGGCAUACCUCGUAACAGAAAAUAAGUCAGAUGGGUAGAGUUGGAUAACAAGUACACGGAAGAAAAAUAAAUGGGUGACUCAUAUUUGUUCAAACAUGUGCAAGAAAGUAGUGCUUAGAAAAAUGUUCCAUUGUGGUUGGGACAAUUUGUAGAGUUCUUAGUCAGAUCCUCUUUCUACAGCAGAAGUUCAGUUGUAGACUGAAGAAAAUAAAUUUUGUUUCAUCUCUGUCAACUUAAGUUAUAGGCUUUGAUGCCAUGAAUUUUGCUUCAAACUUAAUUUUUUCCUGC